AUACUAGUAUAACUUAAAAACAUAUAAAAAAUGGACAUCUUAUAUUUGAGAAGCCACUUUUUGUAAAUUUACAAGAUGGCAAAACCUCAAAAAAAUUUCCAUUUUAAAGCUAUGGCGGGUAAGAAACGAACAAGAGCCUUCAAAUCCACAUGCAUUUCCACCAUUAAUCCCACCUUCAUCUCCCUUAAUUAUACCAAACAAACCCUAUAACUCUUUCCCUUGCAUUAAUUCUAACAACAAUUUCCAGCACAAUCACGAUGAACUUCAUGGAUUCUUCACGCCAAUCUCUCAUCCCAAACUUCCUCUACUCUCCAAAAGGAUUCAUUGAUUAUCCCGCGAAUUCAUUGACGUCUUCUAGGUUUUCGGCACUCACGUCAAUGUCACCGAAAAGAGGUUUCGUGGUUCAGGCUCCUAGCGAGCCACGUAAGAUCGCGAUGUUUUCUCCGGCGUAUUAUGGAGCGUGUACGGCUGGUGGUAUUCUUAGCUGUGGUUUGACACAUAUGGCUGUAACUCCCUUGGAUCUUGUCAAAUGCAAUAUGCAGAUAAACCCUACAAAGUACAAGGGUGUUGCUUCUGGUUUUGGGGUACUGCUCAAGGAACAAGGAAUGAAGGGAUUUUUCAAGGGUUGGGUUCCAACUUUGCUUGGUUACAGUGCACAGGGUGCUUGCAAAUUCGGGUUUUAUGAAUUCUUCAAGAAAACAUAUUCUGACUUGGCUGGUCCUGAGUAUGCAACCAAAUAUAAAACCUUGAUCUUCCUUGCUGGUUCUGCAUCUGCUGAAUUUAUUGCUGAUAUUGCUCUUUGCCCGUUUGAGGCGGUUAAGGUUCGUGUCCAAACGCAACCUGGAUAUGCUAAAGGCCUCUCGGAUGGCCUUCCAAAGUUCAUUAAAGCGGAUGGUGUUUCUGGGCUUUUUAAGGGGUUAGCUCCUCUUUGGGGACGACAAAUUCCAUAUACAAUGAUGAAAUUUGCAUCUUUCGAAAAAAUUGUGGAGUCGUUGUACAAGUAUGCCAUCCCAACGCCGAAAGACCAAUGUAGCAAAGAGUUGCAGCUUGGCGUAAGCUUUGCUGGUGGUUAUGUGGCUGGUGUAUUUUGUGCCAUUGUUUCACAUCCAGCUGAUAAUUUGGUAUCUUUCCUCAAUAAUGCUAAAGGGGCUACUGCUGGCGACGCUAUUAAGAAAAUUGGUUUGGUUGGUCUAUUCACUCGUGGUCUCCCUCUUCGUAUUUUUAUGAUUGGGACUCUUACCGGAGCACAAUGGGGAAUCUAUGAUGCUUUCAAAGUUUUUGUUGGGCUGCCUACUACUGGUGGUGCUGCUCCUCCCGCUAAGUAAACUAUGGACAAUCAAACAAAGCUAAUCACGUGUUGUUGUAUUGUGAAGGGCAUAGAGAAUGCUCGGGAUAAAUAACACUAGGUUAGCUUAAUUUGUUACACUCCGGUUUGUUGUCUAGUAACGCACAUCACACACUUAUAGAUUCAAAAAGAUCAGUACGUUAUGAUAUAUAUGUAUAUAUGCAUGUAUGUACACUAUAAAAGUAAUUCAACUUGUAUAAAAUAAGUUUCUAUUUUACAA